UUUGCUUUGAAAGCUGAAGGUCAACGAUGUCGCACAAGGCCAUCAUCUUCUGUCCAAGGUUGACGAAAAGGGGAUUAAACUGGAGAGAAGAUCACAAGAGGAAGAAGGGUCAAACCAUGAUCCAGACAGGCAACCACCGUACUUAAAAACUGGCACUUGCCCCAAGGAUAUGACACGGUAUCCAGGCCCUGGGUCAUCGAGUGUAGUUGUUAAAUGGUCUACGCCAAAAGCAGACGAUGAUAAAAGUAAACCCGUCAAAGUGCAGAGAGAGGAUGGUGGCCCACCUAAUGGCGGCUCUUUCAAUGCCAAUGGUUCACCUUAUUACAUCAGAUACUCAGCAACAGAUGCCAAAAAUAACAAGCAAACCAACUUGUGUUCAUUCACUGUCAAUGUGAGGAUAAGGAAAUGUAAGCCCUACCCUCAAGUCUCCUGGGGCUUCUACACUUGUACUCAUCAGUACUUGUAUGGCUCAGAAUGUACCGUCACCUGUUCAAGUGGAUACUCCAUUCGCGGGUCGCGCAAGCGAACCUGCCGAGCGAAUGAAAUGUGGUCUGGCCCUCCUCCAAGAUGUGCACCCAUUCAGUGUCCAACCUUACCCGGUACAUCCUGCACUGAUUCCAACUACUAUCGCAGUGUCUGUACUCACUCAUGCAGCCGAGCAGGCUACGGCCCUGCCCCAGGUCAAAGUGCGAUCAGGGUCUGUAGAGCUGACGGGACCUGGACUGGGAUUACUGCAGACUGUGUCGAUGUGCAAGAUCCCACUCUGAAUUGCUCAGAAACCAUCAGGGAGUUUGCAGAUGCCUCUCAGACCUACAAGAAUGUCACUUGGGAUCUGCCACAAGUCCGUGACAACUCCAAAUUUGAUAUCAACCCAGAGCUUGCUCAUGGAAGUCUACCACCAGGAUCGAUGUUCAGCAGAGGUUCUCAUGCAAUCACUUACCGGGCCACAGAUGAGGCAGGAAACACUGCAACAUGUUCAUUCACCGUCAUAGUCCAAGUGAUCCAGUGUCCAGCUCUCCAAUUCCUCUCUGGUCAGAGGAGGAUGUGCUCAUCAUCACAGUUCAUCUAUGGCUCUGACUGCCAGUUUGAGUGUCAGCCAGGCUUUGUGUUGAAUGGCAAUGCCAGCAUUGAAUGCCAGCGACAAGGGAAUACAGGAGUCUGGAAUGCAGAGCAGCCAACCUGUGAAGCUAUAACAUGCCCUCCACUGCCUGCUCCAGAAAACGGUAGAAUUGUGGGAAAUACUCCAUGCUCUACAGCCUAUGGCUCUUGGUGUGAGUUUGAGUGUCAUGACGGCUAUCAGCUCGCAGGGAGUGGAGUCCGUCGCUGUCUGGCAGUGGCUGGAGCAGCUAAGGGCUACUGGGAUGGCAAUAAGGCUCGCUGUGGAGAGCAAACUUGUCCACGAGUCUACAUCCCUCCUAAUGCCAACAUCACCAACCAGGAUGAAUGUCCAGCCACUGGCCAGAUCCCAGCAGGGACCACCUGCUGUUUUGCUUGCCAACCAGGCCACGUGCUGACUGGGUCUACAGAGGUCUCUUGUGGGAUGGAUGGAAACUGGAAUACCACCUUCCCCUACUGUGAAGUUAUCACCUGUGACAGCAGUGAGUUGCCUGCACCGCAGAAUGGAAUUAAAAAUGGCUGCCCCCAUGCUGAGGAAAUCUACGGCACAGUGUGCACACUGAUUUGUGACCUGGGUUUCAUGCCGACCAAGCCCACCUCUGUAACCUGCGGUGAUGACGGGAAUGGAGGGGGGACAUGGGAUAAAAACACUAUCACAUGUGAAGAGGUCAAAUGUAAUCCACUGGAUGUCCCUGGUACUCUAGGCUACAUGCCACUGUCAUGCACGCUGGACGGAGUGGCGGUUAAUGACACAGAUCAGAUGCAGAUUUAUGGCACUAUCUGUAUGGCAGCAUGUGACGUGGGAUUCAUCAGUAGUGGCUCAUGGAAUCGUACGUGUCAGUCUUACGGCCAAUGGGAUGGUGCUUCACUGAAUUGCAGUGAUAAAACCCCACCCACUGUGAUGUGCCCUCCAGACAUCACGCUGUUUGCAGUGCAGGGGACCAGCUAUACAGACAAUGGCUAUGGCUGGGAACCAAUUCGGGCCAUGGACGCCAGUGGUAACCUCACUGCCAGACUGAAUACCAUCAAUGGACAGCCAGCGCCGGCCAAUAGGAGCUCUCUAUUCUAUGAAGGGACCUAUCGGCUGGUCUAUACUGCCAAGGAUAGCAGCAGUAACAUAGCAUCCUGUGACUUCAGUGUGAACGUCCUAGUCACCCGUUGCCCACCACUGCCCAGUCCCCGGAACAGUGAGACCAUUUUAGUGUCUGGCCAAGGGACGUGUCACAACUCUGCCGUAUAUGGCUCUGUGUGCAGCAUAAGCUGUGAUGUAGGUUACACACUGUCAGAUGGUAGCCAAGAAGUCACAGUUGAAUGUGUCAAGAACACAGCAUCAUCAACAGUUGGUUACUGGCAGGGCCCAGUGGUAGAGUGCGUCCCCAACAUGUGCCAGGUACCAGCCAUCCCCAACGGUUACAUUUCAGGCUGCAGUGACCAGGAGGUAGAGUACCAGUCAUCCUGCAUGUUUGUGUGCAAUCCUGGUUACCGUGACAACCGUACAUCCCUGAGUUGGACUAAUGGAACAUGUCUGGCUGAUGGGAAUUGGACACGAGUGCCGCCGGUGUGUGAAGCUGUUGUGUGUCCCACCUUACCAAGCCUGGACCAUGGUACAGUCCAACCCAGUGAAUGCUUCACCCAGCAUGAGCUUCCAUACAACACCCAGUGUAUAUUCACCUGCAAUGAAGGCUUCUCUCUCAAUGGUCCCCACAGCAAGGUUUGCACUGCCCAGGGAGUGUGGAGUGAUGCAAGCCCAGUCUCCUGCUCAGAUUACCAGUCACCUGCAUUCACCAAGCCCUGCCCCAUAUACAUCUCCGAAAUUGCAUCCCCAAAAAUGAAACAGGCUGUUGUCUAUUUCGAUAAGCCAGAUGCCAUAGAUAACUCUGGUAACGUCACCGUGAGGAGGUCUGAGAGGAGUCAAAACCCAAGCCUUGCCUCAGGUUCAUCCUUCCCCAAGGGUACAACCCAUGUGGAGUACAUUGCUACUGAUGCUGCAAUGAAUAGACGGCAAUGUGAUGUGUAUGUCACUGUGCACGUUCGACACUGCCAUAAACUGCGAGCCCCUGCUAGUGGGUCACUAAUCCAGUGCCCCAGUAACAUCUACGGUGCCACCUGCAGCUUUGCUUGCAAAGAAGGCUACAACCUGACUGGUUCCAGCAAGAGGACCUGUGAGAGGAAGAACAUCACCCUGGCCGACCAGAGCAGUGGCAGUGACAAUUUCCAGGUGGAGUGGACCGGGGAACAUCCGACAUGUUCACCCGUCACUUGCCCAGCCCUGGAUGACCGACCUUUCCCUGCUAUACGCUCAUCACUUUGCUCUAAGUCCCCGCCAGACACCGAACCAUUCGGAAAAACCUGCAACUGGUACUGUCCAUAUGGCUACCAUGGAGUUGGUUCCCCCAAAUCCAAGUGCCUGGCCAACAGCACAUGGGAUGUGGUUGACUUCUCUUGCGAAGAGCGUAGCUGCCCACCUCUUGAUCCACCAGCCGGUAUGGAGAUAACUCCAUCCAGCUGCCUGAGCUCCCCAAAGUUCAAUGACAACUGCGACCUGAAAUGCUCACAGUCAGGGUACAGAGUGGACCCUCCAUCCUAUGACUUCAUCCGUUGCCUCGGCCAUGGGACAUGGUCACGCGACAUGAGUACAUUCACCUGUGUCGAUUAUGAGGACCCACGUUUCUCUUUAUGCCCGCUGGAUUUCAUUGAGUACCCAUUGCAAGGUGCAUCUGAAGCCACUGUGACAUGGAAUGUGAUGGCAACUGAUAACUCUGGAGAACCACCAUCUGUUAAUUGCAACAUCCAACAGCCAGCAGUGCUGACUGUCGGUGAACACCCAGUCAGUUGUACGGCAACCGACGAUGCAGGGAACCAGGCAUUCUGUAAAUUUGACAUCAGAGUCAAAGUUCGCCGGUGCAGGCAGCUCAACCCUCCCUUCUAUGGCGACUUCCUCAAAGAGUGUGACAGCAUUGCCAGCUGUCCAUCUUUACCUGACGAUUUGAUCCCUGUCGGUGGGGGUGUCUAUCCCUCCUUCUGUCGCGGUCCUAUUCCUCCCUAUUACGGCACCACCUGUCAUUUCUACUGUCGUAACGGAUUCCUCCUGGUGGGUCCUGCAGACCAGAAGUUGACCUGCCUCCCUGACGGAACAUGGGACCAGGACCCGUACACACUCAAUGUGCAGUGUCAAGACAUUAUGCCACCAACCCUGCGUGUCUGCCCAGGCUCCCUGUCUGGCUCCAUGUCCGGCCAGACUUUUGGAGUUGUGUUGUCCUUCAAUGAACCCAUGGCCGUUGACAACUCAGGAGCCCAACUGACAUUGAUCAAGACUCCACCGGACAUUGCUUCCCCGUACAAUUUCACUCAGGACACCGAUGUAUCCUAUGUCUUCACAGACCCUGCAGGGAACAGUGUGUCAUGCAAUUUCACCGUCAGCAUUCAAGAUAACCUGUCACCAGUCCUUGAGUUUUGCCCCCCAGACCAAAACAUUACAGCUUAUGAUAGACUUACCACUGUGACUUGGCAAGAGCCUGUUUUCCAAGACCCGACCGGUGGUGAAUUGAACAUCAUUUGCAACCACCCAAGUGGAUCAUCCUUCGGAGUGGGCAGUCACAAUAUUCAGUACAAUGCAACUAGGCUGCGUAACAACAGGUUCACUGUGUGCCAAUUUAUGGUCACAAUUACACUCGUUCCAUGUACUCUUCCGGAGCCACCCAGAAAUGGAGCCAGGGUGUGUGAUAAAUGGGCCUAUGGACACUUCUGUUCAAUGUUGUGUAAUGAGAAAUAUGACUUGGCUCCAACAAGUGAUCCACUUCAUGCAUUUCUCUCCUGUGGUUUCAGUGGGCAGUGGAGACCAGCUCAGAUGUUCCCACAUUGUGCAGGGGAAAGGCGGCCAAGACUGAUGCAUCUGCAGUCUACGCUUCACUACUUCAGUGGUAAUUGUUCUUCCCAUGACGUCCAAACCCAGAUCAAAAAGCAGUUCCAAUCCAUUGUAUACAACCAGCCCAAUUUCCUUGAGAUAUGCAAUAGCGAGUGCAAUUUCAGUAAUGUGGAGGUUACCUGUUACCAUCCAAGACACCAGAUCGAUCGACGUGAUGUCAGCGUCUUUCAGGAAUCAGCAUUAGACUUUGACCUUGAGUUUGACCAGCUGAAUGCCAGCUUCCAGCAGUUUGGUGCAGCAGACAAACUUACUGAGCAUGCCCAGAAAUGGCUGUCCAACAUGCGUGCAAAAGGGAAGCUGUCACUGAAUCCUCACGACAACCAACGCCGCCGCUUCCCCACCCCGAGGCCAAAACGUAACACGGAUCGGACCCGCAGUCGACGAUCAGCAAUGUCACACUCGUUCACGAUAUCAUUCAGCAUGGAUUACACAUUGCCCAGUGAUCCAACCUUGUCAGGCAGUGACUUUGAAAAAGAACUUUUGAAUGGCUAUUACAGACUGUAUGAUCUAGUAGACAGCAUACAAGUCAUGGCAGACAAUGGCAGCUUGGAGCUUGCAGUGGAUGGCAUGGAGAUAGAUCCACACCCUGUGCUCAAGUAUGAGGAACCUGCUCCAUCCUGUCCCCAUGGAUACAUGGCAACCAACAGUUUGACGUGUGUUACCUGUCCAGUUGGUCAGUUUUUCAACAAUGACACUCUGACCUGUGAGGAGUGUCUUAUUGGUCGGUAUCAAGAUGAGGACCAGGAGCCCCAGUUCACCUGCAAGUUUUGUCCUGUAGGAACGUCUACUGUUGGCAUUGGGUCUACCAAUCUAACAGACUGUCUGGGCAUUUGUCCCAGUGGCCACUUUUCCGACACCGGACUUAAGCCAUGCUUCAAGUGUGAGAAAGGAUCCUACCGGUCUGAGGCUAGGUCGCUGUCCUGUCUCCCAUGUCCAGUUGGUCAGUCUACAGCUAACGUUGGAUCCAUGGACAUCGAGGACUGUGCAGACGUAUGUCCUGCUGGGUCGUUCUCUGCGUCUGGGGUAGAGCCAUGUACUAUUUGUCCACUCCAUAGCUUCCAGUCUGAGCAAGGUCAAAGUUCCUGUCAGCAGUGCCCUUACCAUCACACAACGCAGGUCACUGGAGCUACGGAUCUGAGCAUGUGUUCUGUGCGAACCUUCUGCUCCGCUACUUCCUGUCUGAAUGGUGGAACCUGUAUGGAGCUACUACAGUCCUUCCUCUGUGAAUGCCCAGCAGGUCUGACCGGAGAACACUGUCAGACUGAUGUGAUUGACUGCCAACAAGAUUCUUGUUUCAAUGGAGGGACCUGUGUGGAUGAACUUAAUGGGUUCAGCUGCACCUGUGCAGCAGGAUACCAAGGGCCUCGCUGUGAGGGACACACGGACCUCUGCAACCCCAACCCUUGUCAUCACAACGCCGUGUGUGAGGCUGAAGGUGAGGAUUAUUACUGUGUCUGCCCUGCUGGACUGUCAGGCAGAGACUGUGAGAUCCAGGUGUAUGUCUGCCAUGAAGGAGAGACUUGCUUGAAUGGUGGCAGCUGUGCACCGCCCUCUAUGGACCAAGAGAGCAUUGCGAGAUUGAUUUUGAUGACUGUACCUCUCUUCCCUGUGCCAAUGGAGCCAUCUGCAUAG